CUUACUGUUAAAGUGUGUUUAACGUUAUUACACAUGCAGUACUUUAUGCUGAUUAAUUUGUCGUGUCUGUUAAUAUUUACACUGUCGAGGUGUACGGACGCGUUGUGGUACAAACGAGUAACUCGACAUUCGUUUCCGUCUUACAAAAGUGACGAUUUACAUGAGCAUUGCGAAUGUGGAAAAAAAAAUAUAUCUCCGUCGUGGCCAAGAAUAAUUGGCGGACAAGAAGUUUCUGAAAAUGAGUUUCCUUGGAUGGCCGGUAUUAUAAGCGUCAAUCAAUCGCGACUCAUCUGCGGAGCGUCGAUUAUAAACGAUCGUUACGUAAUAACAGCAGCUCAUUGCGUUCCUUAUGGUUUCAAUAAAGAUGACCUAAAAGUAAGUGUCGGCGCUCACAGUUCUUGCAAAUGGGACACCAAAAGCACGAUCUUUUCUGUAGAGAGUAUUAUACCACAUCCACGUUACGAGAGAAACACGAAUUUCGCCGACAUCAUGCUGGUGAAAUUAAUCAUGAAAAUUACCUUCAACAACAUUGUCAGACCAAUUUGUUUACCAAAAUUAGGAUUCGAUGCCGUUUCUACAUUCGCAGGACAAUUUGCAUCUGUUCUCGGUUGGGGAUUAUCAGAAAAUAAUUCCAUGGUAUAUCCAAAUUGCGGCUUGCGUAUUGUGGAUUUGAUGUUGUUCAAACAAUCGGAAUGUCCUACCAACGUUUCCACAUUAAUAUGCGCAGGUCACAAGCAAUUGCCACGCGGCACUUGCGCGGGUGACAGUGGCGGGCCUCUUCAAAUACUAGACAAGAAUCAGAAACACGUUUUGAUAGGGAUCACUUCAAAUGGUGUGUCAUGCGCCAAUAUCUAUUAUCCAGAUUUUUAUACAGACGUGACGCGUAUGAUUUCGUGGAUAAUACAAGUAACGAAACACGAUUCUAACUUUACUACGCUACAUCUAGCGCCACAAUAUCAAAUGCGCUAUUAUAUAUUCAGAACUUCGUUGACCGCAUUGCUGUUCGUAAACUGUAGUAUUCGUAUCCUGACCGUCAACAUUCGCGAUACGAUAUCUGCACAAUGCGGAGUGGCUGGCGGAGGGAUAUCGAAUCGCAUUGUCGGCGGACAAAUAUCGAUUCCGCACAUAUUUCCAUGGGCCGUAGCGAUAUUUAACAAAGGAAAUCUUCAUUGCGGCGGCACAUUGAUCAAUAAUCAAUACGUGUUGACAGCCGGACACUGCGUCAAAUGGACGAAUCACAAUGACCUGACGUUAGGUCUUGGAAUGCACGACAUCGAAGACCCGAACGAGGGAUACAUAAUCGACCUUGACAAGGUGAUCCUGCACGAGGACUUUGAGAGCGACAGAAUUCACGAUACGAAUGACAUUGCGCUGAUUCGACUGCGGCAUCCGAUUCGAAUCACCGACCACGUGACACCUGUAUGUCUUCCGCAUAAAGGUACCGAGUACGCCGGGCGAAUUGUUAAAGUUAUCGGAUGGGGACGUGUUCUUAAUGACGGAGCGGCCUCUCAAUAUCUGCGUCAAGCCUCCCUCAAAGUAAUGUCAUACCGCGAUUGUAAAAACACUACAUUUGGAAAUCACAUCACGGAAUCGAUGUUGUGCGCUUACGCCGAGAACAAGGAUGCGUGUCAGGGUGACAGCGGCGGGCCUCUUCUAUACGAAAGAUCGGACGGAAAGAACGAAAUAGCGGGUGUGGUCUCUUGGGGUAUCGGGUGCGCCAAUCCCGGGAUGCCGGGUGUAUACGUGAAGAACACCGAUUACCUGAAUUGGAUAAAAUAUCACAGUAAAGACGGCAUUUAUUGCGUAGAUUCGUAGACUUUGUAAACGCGAUGUUGUGCAAAUAUCGAGAAAAAUAAACGUAAAUUUAACACCUACUGU